AUUUUUCGUAUACUAGGAUUCAUUCAUAGGUGCAGCAAUAUGAUUUGUGAUGAAGAACAAUGUGCACUUUGAAAAUUCUCUGCACUGUUUGAUAGAACUUAAUGGAAUAUAAGACACAUAAGUCUGACUUUUUAAAACAGGAAUAAUCUGUUAUUUCCCUUUCUCAUUUCCAACACCUGAACCUGUAAUAUGGAUCAAUACUUCCAUGGUGUUGGAGCCAAAAGGCAAUUUCAUAGAGAUUGUGAUAUCUCUUCCGUUCCUGGAGCCAUUGAUUUUGCAUCAUUUUCUCAGCUUGCUUCCCAACAGGCUGUAACAAAACAAGCAGCAUUAGCUGGUGUAAUGCAAGAGUAUAUGGAUGACAGAUGGAAAGAUCGACAAGUGGGAUCUGCUGCAGUUUUCCCUGGAUCUACUCCAACACCAAGUCGUGUCUUAUACAAUAACAAUGAUGAAAUGGCUCAAGCGGCACACAGUCUUCUGAUGGCUCAGCAUUCUGUUGCAGCAGAUUUAGAUGCAGUAGCAGCUGCACAGGCUGCGUCAAGGAAUUUCAUGUCAGCACAUAUAGCAGAUCCAUUGACACUUUCUCAUCCACAUGAUGCUGAUGAUUCGCCAAAAGAGCAUCUUACAGAGGAUGACCUCGCGCAUGAUAAUGUGGUGGCAAAUUUUUUGAGCAAUCCUCAAAAUCAACAACAGUUAGAAGCUGCUCUUGAUCUUCAUCAACAACAACAAGAAUUGAUCGGAUCUGCUGAUUCUACUCUAGCAGAAAAUGAAGAAGAUUCAUUCAAUGCACAAAUUGUUCAAGCCUUCCUCUGGAUUGAAGCAAAAUUAUGUGCAAAACUGAAGUGUGUCAAGUUCAGUGACAAAGUUGAAUACGUCUAUAAUCCACUGGAAUAUGCAUCAGAUCCACAUGCUCAUUAUGUCAGCAAAUACAGUGGAACUAAAGCGGUACUAUUUCUCGGAAUGAAUCCAGGACCUUAUGGAAUGGCACAAAAUGGAGUUCCAUUUGGUGAUACUCGAUAUGUCAGAGAUUGGUUAAAAAUUACUGGUGCUGUUCAUCAUCCCCCACAUGAACAUCCUCGUCGUAUAAUACAAGGAUUAGACUGUACAAGGAGUGAAGUGAGCGGUGCUAGAUUUUGGGGUUUUAUUGCCAAGAUAUGCGGUACGCCAGAACAAUUCUUUCGCCACUGUUUUGUCCAUAAUUAUUGCCCACUCACCUUCAUGACCAAAUCAGGUAAAAAUAUUAUUCCAGCUGCCCUACCUGCCACAGAACGUAGAAAUUUAGAAGCAAUAUGUGAUGAAGCCUUACUACAAUGCAUCAGAGUCAUUCGUGCACAAAUUAUUGUUGCUAUAGGAAAAUAUGCUGCUGACAGAGUAACUUGUGUACUACAAAGUGCAGGAGAUGAAUCUGCCGCUAGUAUUCGAAUUGUAAGAAUUCUUCAUCCUUCACCAGCUUCUCCUCAGGCGAAUCGUGGUUGGGAAGAAGUCGUCACACAACAAUUACAAGAAUCAGGAAUCAUUCAAUAUCUGCAAUCACCAGGAUGAGAACAAUUCUUAAACCUACAAAUAUAAUGGUGCAGUUACAAUUACACGAAUUUUCUACUGAACUGCGAACUUAUUUUUAAAUGGAAUGGUAAUAUGCUAUGAGUCAUACUCUCACGUAUCAUCAAGAUGCAACUUAAAAACAGUUUUUUGACAGAAUUCUGCAAGGGUUUGUAAAUGUGCAUGAUUCCGCUUUUUGAUGUUCUUGUUGAAGUUUUCUUGAUCCAAUCAAUUCGUUAUACUAAAUCAAAGUGUUGCAUGAGAUCAAGGAGUGAUCUUUUCGGAAAUUAUUGAACAUCGAAGCAUGCAGGCAUUGAAUACAAAAAUACUGGCACAUUCUGACCUAAACUUCUGCUUUACUUUAGACAGUAUCAAAUAGACAGUCAGAACUGAUAUAUUUUUUCAUGCCUUCUAUUUUAUUAUUCAGUAUUGUUUUAUAGUUUGUCAUUGCAUGCAUGAAAUUUUUCUGUACUGUAUUCCUUAAUUGAACAAUGUACCUAAUUAUACUGUUUUCAUCUUUUUUCAUUAUGUUCCUCACUUUCAAAGGUGCUUGUUUGAAUACUUGUAUUUUUGGACAUGAUUGCUAUAUAUUAGCUCAAUUCACUUUGUAGGCAAAAGAUUGUCUACUAAAUAAAGAAAUGACUUUUUGAAAAAAAUGCUGAAAUGUUGUGUUGUGUAUAGCUCUUUAUCUCUCUCUCUCAUACUCUCCACAUUUAUACUUUAUCCAUUCAUGAUAUGGUAUUUUUCGGAAAUUUUGAUUCACAUCUUUCCAGUGAAUAUUUGGGUAUUCAACAGUAUUUAAAUCAACAGAAAUAUACUUUUGGAGACUGGCAGUUGAAAAUGAAUUGUGUGUAGAAAACGUUUAAAAGUUUUGUAUGUUUGAUCACAAUUUUAAUGCACCAUUUUGUCUUGUCAGUGGAAUGCAGUAAAUUGGAUAUUUGAUAAGUUAUGUACAAUUUCAGAAUAUACAUAGGGAGAAAGCUCAUUGCGGGUUGUUAGAUGCAACUACUUGAUGUUUUGGAACUUCACAGGUGCACAUAUCAAAAUUAUUAGCAACUGUCUUUCACCAUUUUUCAACGUGUAUGAUUGGACACGUAAAUUUAAUACUUUGCACAAGCUUGAUUGUAUUAUGUUUGCGCCUUCAGCACUUGCUCGUCUACGAGGUGCUAGCUUUUCGUGGCAUACAUGUUUAUUUGUUUUUUUGCCUUUUUUGAAUUUGAAGGACCAUUUCUUAAAUAAAUCUUGAGAUUCCGACCAAUAUUUUAUCUUGGCUUCUGUUUUUGUAGUGAAUAGUGACCAACGUUUUUUUUUACAUACUUUGUUUGUUCAUUGUACUAAUAAUAUUGCUAUCAUGUCUUCAAUAUGAAUUAUUAUGUAACAAAUUUGGAAUUGUUUUUAAUUGAUUAUAUGGACCAGUGUGGUUUAUCUACCUCUGAGCGAUUGUAACACAUUAACAUGAAUUGCUGUAUUUUGAUAAUUACUAUUAAUAAUAUGUUCCAUGUUUUAAAUAUCACAGAUCAACUCUGUUUUUUUAAUUACCGUAACACUAUUUUCAUAUUAUGAUUCGACUCUAAUGGAAUAACCCAUCUAUGAAGAGUUUUAUUUUGAGUUUUUGAGCUCAAGACUAAAAUGUUUACGAUUACCAAAUAGUAUUUCUGAGUGACCAAAAUCAUGUCAUUUUCAUAAUCUCUGCCGAUUGCAUUUUUGUUUUUGAAGCUUCACAUUUGUUGAGUUACUUUGUUUGCACCAGUUUUGUGAUGUUCCACACUGCUAUUUUCAUAUUUUUUAUUUGCUGAUCACUGAUCUGCAACUAGCUGAACAUACUUAUCUUAGGAAUUAAGUCGUCAAAACUGACGGACGCAUCAUAUAGUUAAAAAUUGUAACUUUAUCUGAUCAAUAAUCCAAAUAGUAUAUAUAAAGAAUUAGCUAACCACGUAAAUGUUUUACGCAGAAUGGUAGUGCACGAGUGUGCAACAGGUGGCCCACAAUUAGGCCCGUCGAGCCAUUUAGUGUGGCCCUUGUCAACACUCUAUCAAUUUUUACCUUAUCAAGUAUAGAAUUUGAAUUUGACAGUUUGUUUAGAAAGUCGCUCACCUGGGUUAAAAUUCCUUAAAGCUUUUUGCUCAUGUCAAUGCGUUAAAUCUUUUGCCGCUUUGCCCGGCGUCUUUAUUACUGCAAGGCUAAGCAAUAGCUGCAUAUUUUUUCUUCUGCCUCUCCUGCAUCGAAAAACUAAAUUUUUUAUGUGGCCCAGCUAGCUGUCUGAAGUUGAUUAUAUGGCCCACUGACAAAAAAUGUUGCACAUUCCUGAUUUAGUGGAUCAACCUGUUAUUGUCUCAUUGAUAAUCAACCCUAAUAGGAUUUGGAACUGCCAGUUCAGCAUAGAAAUGUUAUAUUACCUAGUUCAGCUAUUGUUUAAAAGAAAAGAACCAAUUUCUUGUACAACCAACUCAAGGUUCUCUUUAAGUAAGAAACUUACAGUGAGCACACUUCCGUUCCUAUUAAAUUUAUUGCACACCAAAAUUAUAAGUGGGAUUUGUACAUGCUUUUAAUAGCUAGUGAGGUAUACCAAUAACCAUAGUCUGCGUAGAUGUAUAGUUUCUCACAUAACACCUAUGCGAUUCUUCUCAUGUACAGUCGUCGUAAUCGGUGAAAAAAUUUCGUUAACAAAUGUUUAGUGUAGAAUAGUUAGUACCAGAUGGUUCAUUUGACUUGGAUAGGCAUAGGCAUACGAUGCACAUGAAGUGAAAGUUUCAUCUAAAAUAAAUUUGAUUGUUCCUUGCAUAUAAAUUUUUUGCAAGUGACACGACUGUCAAUAUCAAGUGAUUUUUUUGUUAUUUUAUAUGGCUGGCAACCUUGCUUUAUGUCUAGUUUUUUAUAUUGAAACGGUUCGGUUAUUAAUGUUCCCUUUUUCACUCUGCUUAUGUUUUGUAGUUAGUAUCAAAUUAGUAUGUUCUUACACACUUGAGCCACACCACCAGACAACCUCGGCUCUUUAUUGAGAUUUGACAUUCGAGAGUUUGAAAGCAGACUCCAAUCCUGACCCGAUGACAAUAAAAGCAUGCCAAACUCCCAAUUUUACCAUGGUAAUACAAGACUUGACAGUGUUGGAAAACGUUGCACUGUUAUCCAAAUAAUAUUUUGACAACUCUACCUCAUUGAAUACUUUAAUGAAAUAAGUCAAGUCGCUAAACUACAUUUCACAUUUACGGUAAUUAAAAAAGAUUCUGUUCAUCCCUGUAUUAAUUUACUGGCUGCAACGUUAUUAACUGUAAAUAAUUCUUUUUUUUUGUAAUUUGUACCAACAUUGAUAUCACUGCCUAGCUGUUUUCAACAUCCAUAUUUUGUCCUUCUGUAUAAACUCUGUAAAAAUGCAUUGUUAAACACUAUUGACUUCUAUUGAGCAUCCAUCUUGUUUUAUUGUUCAUAUUAAACCUACUACUGUAUUAAAA